CCGCCAUGGAGGCGGUUCUGAGAAGGUGUCGGGAAAUUCUGCAAUAAUGCCCCAUGACAGGACACAUCUUCAGUGGAAAUUUGACAUCAUUUUGGCUCCACUAUGGACAGGAUAUAUAUUGGACAUGCUGCUGAGAGUGGAUAACAGCAAAGGAAGAAGAAGCUUUCACUGACAGCAUGAUGAAAACUCUCCUCCUCUCUCUGGGGCUGCUGCUGCUCGCCGCCUGCUGCUGCAACGCCAUACCCAGCUCUCUGCAGUUCUCUGCUUUUCCUGUGAACUGCUGCUUCGACGUAUCCAAUCAAAGUAUACCGCUGAAGUUUGUAUCCAAAAUAACCCCGACACACAGAUCCUGUCAGAACAAGGCCUUCAUAGUCAAGACCAUCAAAGGGAAAACGACCUGCUACAGUGGAACCAACCGGUGGGCUAUGAAUGCCUACAAAAAGCUCCACGGCAGUCGGCCCUGAUCUGUACCUGAUGCAUACCUGAUGUUAAGGAAUACUUUGCUUUGGUGUUUAACCUUUGACCUAGUUCAUCAUUUUCUCCUUCCUCUGUCUCUAUUCCCAUGGCAUAGUUCUUAGGCCUUCUGGUUGCUGAAAUCUCCUUUAAAAGGGGAAAACUUGGGUUUCUGACCGAGCACAAGUUGACCUGAGGUAGUUUACUGUUCAGGGACGUCUAGAAGCCCUUCUUAUCUGGAACGUAGGUUGCCUGACGUACAUCCCUUUCUCAUGUGCUACAGCUUAAGUUAGAUUCAGGGUCCAUAUUUGUCUAGUCUCGCUAAUGAUAAAUGUUGAUUAUCCAUUCUGAACUAAUUAAAACCUCUUGUUGUAGUAGAGAUCUUCAGAAUUGGUCGACCGCUGUGUCAACUCGUGGCUGCAGCAAAUGUCUUGUCAAUUCUCCGGCCGUUAACUUCAGAAUAAACCUUCAGUGUUUGCCAUCAAAGUUCCAGCUCUCCCCGCGUCUCUCUGAGUUUCGUCUCCAUUGCUCCAGAAGUUUCCAUCACACCUGAUUUGUAUACUUACAUUUUUUAGGCCUUACUGAUUUUUGUAUUGAAAUUGAAUAAAUGUAUUAACAUUA